AAGAUUGUUGAGCCAUUUAUAUUGAAUACGGGUCAUCUUUUUUGUCGUCUGACGUUAUACAUAUUUUACUUAUAUUUGGAAUAAGUGUACAAGUUAAUAUUAGUCUGUAAGGAAAAAUAGGAGUACAUGUAGAUUCUGUUUUGUCUUUUUUGUAACAAAAUAGAACUGUAUAUAGUUAACUGUAAGUAAAUGGCGGGAAGAAAAGUGGAUGUUUUACGGGAAGAAGGCAGUGCGGAACAGGAACAAAAGCAUGCUUUCAACUUCAACACAUACGCGACAAAGAAAACAAUCGCUAAAGGUUUACUGGAUAUCGGACUGCUGAUGGCCAACGCCUCCCAGCUCAAGUCCUUGCUGAGUCUCGGACCUGCACAGGACUAUUACUACGCUAACUUGGUUCUUAUAUCUUUGUCAGUCUUCCUUCAAAUCACGGUUGGAAUUAUCUUGCUCGUUCUUGGAAGCAAGAAUAUGAAGACAGUUGAGGAAAAGAAAAGCGCCAACACGUUGAACAAUGUUACUGUGGGAUUUGUUUUUGCGAUUACUGUUGUGAACGUAUUUAUCGCUGCGUUUGGUAUAAAACUGACGGAAGGAUAGUGAAGAUAGGAGACUAUGUUUCUAUAUUUUACAUGGUAUUUUGUUCUUACAUUUCUAUCAUAUUUAUAUAUUGUAUUCAGUGCGAAAAUAUGUAGAUCAAAUCGCCAUUCUCUGAUGUACUUGAUAUAGGAUAUUCUGAUAUUUAUACAGGGAAAAAUUUAUUUAUUGUUUUUCGCGCGGGUACAGUGAAUAAGAUAUGAGAAACUGACGAUUGUCUUUUAAGAUACACAAUUGUAGUAUACCAAAAACCCUGAUAAUGAAAUUAAUGUGCUCAUAAUAUGCUAAUAUAAGCUUUUAUUACCAGAUUUAUUCACAAUAUAUUUCUGUACUGUUGUUUCCAAAUAUGAUAAUGGAUUAAGGAUGUCUAAAUAGAAAUGUCUACGAAUAUUAUUUUAAUGCAGUGGGUAUAUUACAUAAGGUAUAAGAAAACCAAUGUACUUAUGCGUAUUUGGAAUUAGACUUUUAUCCGUGUAUUCAAUUGUGGGCUCAGAGUACUCCACACAAGCUUUCAAACAGCUCAGAACAGAGUUCCGAAUAUCCUGGCAUAACACAGCGGCCAACGGAAGACCAUUCGUAAUAGAUCUGGGAACAGGAUGCGAACAAUGUUCUGUGUUGUUCCAUUUAUGGGAUUUUUACUUGAAUUCGGAAUACUGUUCUUGAGUACAAAGAAAUCACGCUUCUUUCUACAUGUCUGUUCCUUUUCCGCAUCUACGUGUAGUUUUAUCGCACAUAACAAAUAAUUCACUUUAAAUUGAAUAAAUUCACAUGUACAUACUUAACUUUAAGUAUUACCCAUUGAUUACCGCUCAGUAACCUUUAUCUUGAGUUUCAAUAGCUCAUAUAAAUCUAACAGACUUUAAUAAUAUGAUAGUUCAUAAAAUGAAUCAGUUUUAUACAAGCCUAGUUAUAAAAAUACAAUGACAAUUCCUUUACUUUAUAGCAAUACUAUAUGUAGUUCAAAACAAUUACGACAAAAAGAUUAUCAUUUAAGUCACUGCCGAGUCCACUUUUUAAAGCUACUAGCCCACAGAUAGUGUGAAAUUUUUCAACACGUUCAUUCCAAUCAAGUUUGCACAGAAUGUAUAUAUGACAUUGAAAAUGGUAAAGUGAGUGAAAAUAAAUAUCAGAUACUGGUAAUAAAGCAUAUGUUGAUAAAGAAUGUUGAUUUUCUCCAUUACUUCUAGUGUUUCGGCGGUUUACGCCUCUUAGAAAAUUUAUAUGUCAAUAUAUUUGUACCACUUUCACACAUCUACAUUUUAUCGAUUUUUGAGAGAAAAAAAUGUUUGCCUAAGGAUAUGAAUGUUGUCGCUUUAAAGAAAAAUUAUGUAAUGGUGCCGGUUUGAAGCAUCA